UUGGCACGAAUGGUAUAUAAGAACUGAACAAAUAUAUUCCUGUUAAUUCUCUUUGCCUUAUUUGUGUUAGAAGCUGAUCGCAAGAAUUUAUUCGAAUCCAUCAGUGUUUAUGUACGUUUAAGCAUAUUUCCAUGCCUCUGCGGUAGAAUGGAAAACCGGAAUUUACUUGUUGAUUAUAUAUAACUCAGGCAGCUUUUUAGCAAUAAAUUCCUAACUGCACACCGUCAUGCUGCACAUUGUGGUGACGUCCGUGUGCGUCAUUUCCGGUAUCCACGCGCUGUUGGGCAUCAUCAGCGUUAUCGUGGGCAUCAUAUCAAGCAGCCAAUCGGAGGUCUGGUUGGCUCACUGCGUGUCUCCUAUCUGGAGCGGCGGAUUCUUUAUAAUCACAGGUGUCCUGGGGAUAUUUUGUGCUCGAAGGAAGACUUCAUACGUGAUAAUGUGCUUCACAGCUUUCUCUGUCGUUUCUAUGGUCACUGCAGUUGUCAGUAUUCAGCUUCUACGACUUGGACUGGUUAACCACACAACAGAUGGGCAAACCUUUCAAAAACAAAAUAAAGACACCUUAAUCAUUGUUGCCUUGUCACUUGCCGGAAGUGAAAUUCUCGUUUGCUUGGUUUCAACGUUGCUAAGCUGUCGUAUGGCAAAGGUUGCCAAGGAGGAGCUUUGUAAACGGCGCGAAGGAAUGUUCCACGUUAAGGCGGAUUCGGACGAGAACUUCAAUGACGUCACAAUGUCGUCUGCUUUAUCAGAAAUCAAUCUCGAGCUUUGCGGUAAAGAUGACAUAGAAACACAUGUCAUUGAAGAACCUAAACCUACAGAUAACAAAGGAGAUUCCAAUAUCAUUGAGCUUGCAAAUGAAUAUUCCCAUGAUAAGAGCAAAUCGAGUGAUGACAUUGCAAUUCAAAGCAAAGAAGACCUUAAAGACACUGUAAGAAAUCAGCUGAAACUUGACAUAAACGGGAAAAAUAAAGUGCAAGUUUUCACUGUUAAUGUCAUUAAUGAUGGAUCUACUUCCCCUCGACCAGAGACCUGAGAAAAAAAUUCUCGUAGUUAUGAGGUUAAAUGCUAGAAUCAUAUCAAAAUUUCAUCCGAAUCAUUAAAUGGGAAAUUAGCCGGAUACGAUGUAUAGGCAUCAUUUUCAAAGCAUGAGCCAUUACGUUUAGGUUACUGCGUUAGAAACGGAUUUUUCUAUAGAGUUUGAUGGACUCCUUAAGGACUCCUUAAUUAAUCACAACUAUCAAUUCUGAGCAUAUACCUAUUAAUUUCCGUUUAUGGAUGAAAUAACAUUUUUAAUCGUCGGUUUAACAUCAAAAUGUGAACGCUUACAAGGCAUCUAGCAGUCGCUGUAAUGCAGUAAUAAUUGGGCAUUAAGUAAGGAUCAAUCCUGUGAAAUUAUGUGUUCGGCUUCGUUAUUGAAAUAUUGCAAAUUGAUAUUGUAAAGGCCUUUUAUAAGUGCCCGUGCGUGUGUGACGCGUCCACGUUUGUCCGUCCAGUCGUGAAGCCGUGUAUUUUGUUUAUAUUUUUAUUUAGUGUUGUUUAUACUUACGCGUUAUUUUAAUUUAUGAUAAGUUCAACUCGCUUUUGUAAUAUUAUUGUUGACAUUUUGGUUGUUUCAAUUAUCUGUUUUGCUAGUGUUUUUUCUGGUUUCUGUUUUAUAUUUUAAUUGUUUGUUACUUUCCUUGACCUAUGUGUAAACGUAGAGUGUGUUAUUUUUUUUAUAUUUACGCGUUUGUAUAAUAUAUGAUAAGUUCAACUCGCCUUUGUAAUUUUAUAUUUACACUUUGGUUGUGUUAAAUAGCUGUUGUUGUUUUGUUAUAUUGUUUUCUUCUUGUAACUGAAGUUUUAGUUUUUAAUUGUUUACUAUUGUCCCUGUCUUAUGUGUCAAAGUUGUAUAGUUUUUCAAAUAUUUACGCGUUAUAAUAAUUGAUGAUAAGUUCAACCCGCUUUUGUAAUUUUAUUGAUAAUUGUGUUAUCUUAUUAUCGGUGUUAUUUAUUCGGUUUAUUUUGGAUGCUGUUUUAUGUUUUGAUUGUUUGUUAUUGUCCUUGUCCUAUGUGUCAAAGUAGUGUUAAUUAAGAGGCUCUACGCUCGCAGCUUUUAAGUUAUAAUGGGAAGCGCAUUCAUACUUUAUGAGUUGAAAUAAAAUAUUUCAUUUAUUCAUUUCUUUUUUUUUUAAAAAAACUUGAAUUAUUUUAAGUAGUAAAUACUAGUAUAAACCCCUAAGAAACAUGUAUUCAAUGUUAACUUUCUAAUUGUGAAAGUCUAUCCUGCGUUUCAAUGACACAGAAAACGUGUCGCCGUUUUAUUGGAUUGUCUCAAUAGCAGUUCAUGUCCAUUUCUGUGAUACGAGCAGUGCUAAAAUGAUGCUGAUGUAUAUACAUGUAUUGUUAAAUGAAAGACUGAAUGUAAUCUCAUGGUAUUGAAGCCGUCAGCUUUUUACAAGAAUCUGGUGUAUUGAUCAAUAGGUAAAUAAAAUAAACCAUCGCCACGCAUUGCCGAGGGCAACCGUGUAGGUAAGGUUGUUAUGUUGUGGGUGUAUGUACAUAUAAAUACAGCGUCUUAUAUGAGAAGAAUAGAUCUUAAAGUGCAAAAUAUUUUUUUGUGAAAAUUUUUCAUUUGCGUGACAUUGCAUUUGAUUAUCACAAUAUGGCAUUAUGUUUUCGCAACAUUCGUGGUGCUUGAUGUUUCAUAGAUGUUAGAAAUAUCAAACAAAACAAUAAAAUGUAUUAAAAUGAA